GCAGCAAAAUGGCUGCCGUGUUAGGUCGAUAACAUUCGUGCCCUAAUGUUAACCUAGACCGCAGAUUUCAAACUCAAAUGCUCUCAUUAAGCGUUACAUUUAGCAUCUAGGACUCGGCACCUGUUACUACAUUUAGACGCUGACAUGUUCCAGGUAAUCGGCGGGAGGAGCGUGCAGGCGGCGCGGCUCUUUGCGCCCAGGAGCGCCGUGCUCGUGGAAGCUGUCCGGGGCCGAAAGUCCCGCAACGACCCGGUAGCCAAGUCCAAAGAAGGGCGAAUUAAAGUGCCUCCCCCCGUCGAUCCGGUGGAGAUGGUAGUUCUCAAAGAGAGAUACACGGAGUACAAGCUGAUCAUGAGGGCGCUCCGUUUGGAGUUUAAGGAGGAGGUGCUACGAAAGAAGUACGAGGAGGAGACAGGCUCGCAGGCGGAGGAGAGGGCGAGGCAGGAGGCGGAGGAGCACCGAGCCCUGAUGGCCUGGAACAACGAGGAGAACCUGCGCAUGCUGAAAGCCAGAAUUCUGAGGGUCCAGAAAGAAGCAGAGGAAGCUGAGCGCAAGAGGAUUGAAGCUGCCAUUCAGCGGGAACAGGAACAGCAAGAAUUCAUCAAAGAAAAAGAGAGGGAGAUUUUGAAGCUGCAGGAGGAAGUAAAGAACUUCAUCACCAUGGAGAACUUGGAUCAACGAAUCGAGGAGGCACUGGACAAUCCAAAGAAUUACAACUUUGCCGUUGACAAAGAAGGGAGAGUCAUCAAACAGACAGUGCUGCAGUGAAACGACUGGAUGCACAGACAUGACUCUGUUGUGGUCCGGACUAAUCCCGCAGUUCAGUGAUCCAACUCCCUCUGGAGGAGCAUUUCAACACCUUUAAGCUGGAAAAAAAUCUUCUUUUAAAAAACAUUUCCAGCGUGGCAUCAUCCGCUCACACCUGGACCUAGUAGUUUCACCUCAAGGUCACACAGCCUUUAUUUUCCCCAUGUGUCUGCUUUAUAUGGUCCCUUAUUUAAGUCAUACCUCACCACAACAUGUAAUCAUUGCUGGCAUUUGUCAUGAGUUUUAGGGUAAAUUAAUGUAAACAGUAUUGAAACGGCUGCUGAAGACCGGGACUUCAUUUUUCUGCUUCAUUUUGGAGGCUAAGGACCAUUACACACCUACAUGGUCAGGAUCUGUUUAUAUUGACUUCAUGAUGAUAACUGGUCUUUAUGUUGAACCAUGGUAUUAAAAUGCAUUUUCUUACCUUGA